AUGCCGUGGCAGGACUGGAACAACCGUCUUGCAAAGGAGCGACACUCGGCAAUAUGUGACUGCCUCCUACAACUGGGAGCGGAUGUGAUUUGCCUACAAGAAUUCGACUUUGCAGCUGAAACUCCUGGCUUCGGGGUCCUGUGCUUUGCUGUUCUUCAAUUACUUGUUGACUUUGUUGGAACUGGUGGCAAGAACGAGGGCUUGGCAUUGCUGAUCCGUCGGGCUGCCUUCAAAGACAUUGAGGUACAAUGCGAAGACCUAGAACCAGACUUUUGCGAUAGAGUGGCUAUGUAUGCCAAGAUCACCCAUGUGGAGAGUGGCUGCAGGAUCCUGGUUGCCAACACACACCUCACAGUGGCUCACGCAUCGAACAGUCAUGAUAUUCCAUUCUGCAGACCUCGGCAGAUGGAGCAGGUUUUGCGUCGUUUGCUCUCCGCUCCUUGCUGCGAUGCGGUCUUUAUUUGUGCAGACAUGAAUUCGGACCAUUUGGAGAGAGAACCUUCUGGCGCAUAUCCGCCGGAGCUGGUGAAUCGUCCGGUUACCAUGGCUUUUGAGAGCGGCUUUGUCUCAGCCUUACAUACCAAACAUCCAGGAGUCAGGCCAAUUUCGCACACCUGCAGCUAUGCCCAAGAUGGUUGUGCAGACUAUGUGCUAUACCAAUCCAACGCCCGACUACAACUCAGAGAUGCAUUUCUCCACCCAUCCAAUUUGCCAUUGGAUGUGUCGUGGAGUGCUUCGGCGUAUUCAGAGAUCAUGUUUUCGAACAGCAUGUCGUUGUCGCGAUGUUCUCUUCCUCACAGCCACCCGAGUCGCGCUUUCGCACUCAUUCAUGGUUGCUUCACAUUCCAAGCGAGUGGGAGUCAGACAGCUGGUCCAUAA